AUGCCUCCAACCGAACGACCGAAGAAAAAGAGUCGUCGAGCAUGUGAACGGUGUCGGUCGAUGAAGUGGAGGAGGUUAGGGUCUCCGUUAGCGAACGCUUCCGGGCGGUAUGCGGUCUCUGCAAGGGCGGGGCAUCAUGUCCAGCCUCCCUUGAUGGGAAGUGAAGCUGUGGGGUUUUCCCCGGCUCCCAGUGCAACGCCAUACCUGCCGCCGGAUGACCAGCAAACAGCUGGAUGGCAGACAGCGGCCGACGACUCUCCUAUACGUAAUCCUGGCAGAAGGGUUGACACUGACGAGAGGCAAGAAUACCAUGACUCGGAAUUUUCAAAGAAUCCACUGGUAGACAAAGAGGAAUGGACCUUUGCUGCAACUCCAGACGGUCGAUAUUGUGAGAUCCUUAACCCCAUUCUCGCUUGGAAUACUGCUGAUGUAAACAAAAAAGGGUAUAUGGGUCCGUCAUCCUCAUGGUCUUUCUGUCGUCGCGUCCUGGCGCUGCUAGGAAAGCGAGUUCCUGAAUCGAACUCUCCACCAGAUCCAUGGCAUCUGGAUGGCAUGGCAUUCAAGCUGCAAUGGAAGCAAGUAUCUCUAGAAGAAUCGCCGGAUGUCACCAAUCUACCGCCCCUAGACUAUGCGCUUUUUCUUUACAAUGCUGCCAAGUACUAUCUUGCUUCUUUAUCUUUCCUGAUUGAUGAGACGCUAUACCUUCAAGAGUUACACGAAUUCUACCGGGAUCCAGCAGCGAAGGCUGCAUCACCCAGCAUAACUCAAAGGAAUCCAUCUGGGUCUCCCGCUGGCCACCAGUAUGCAUCAAGGGCGAUGGCUCUAUUGCCAGAUCUAUCCGGCAUACACGAGGACCCUUUGACAUCGAUUCAAGCUUUAAGCCUAGCGGCAUUACAUGUGCCCGAGGAAUUAGGCGGACUAGAACUUUCUCAGCGCUGUCGGACUGUCUUUUGGGUAGUAUACAUGCUGGAUCGAGAGUUCUCUGCGUUGAUGGGAGGACCAAACUCAAUUCGCGAUGAGGAUAUCACAGUCAGAUUACCAGCAGAGGUGGCGUCAACCGUAGAAAAUACCGAUCUGACAUUGCAUGUUCGGCUCGCGCGCCUCAUGGCGCAAAUAUUGACAACUGAUCUCUCUCACGAUAUCACGGAAUUUCUGGAUAACAGUUUCCAUGGCAUGGUUGGCCGAGGCUCAAAGAUGGCAGUUAGACUGAUGCUAGCCCAACACCAUUGUGUUGUUCUUACAACACGGCUUUUGGUUAUGUGUGCUCUAAAUAUGCAUAUAGACAGUGCAGAGAGGCAGCCGUCACAAAGCAUUUGCCUGUCGUCGCCCGUGGCAUCCCUCUUGCAAUGCUGCGCUGAUUCUGCCCAGACCAUCCUUCAAACACUUCGUUCGUUAGCUGAUGAUGACUUGAUGGAUGCAUUUUUACCGUUUCAAGUCGAGCACGCUUCUUCAGCUGCCCUUGUUCUGUACUUGAUUCGCUCAAUCGCACCCUCACUUAUUACGAACGAGUCCUGGUGUGAUAACCUCGACUGCGUUAUCGAAAAGCUCACCGCGAAAGGCAACAUAGCAGCACCGCUCCGGAAAUUGGAACUGAAGCACCUGGACCUUAUGUUGACUCCCUUAACGCCGAGAUCCGCGAACCGCACAAUGCCUCCAAUAACCUCGGACGAUAUCCAAGAUAACAAUGAUGAUACAUAUGCGCUAGAUCAAGUGGAUAUAGGAGAUGAAGUUGAAUGGGAUCUGUUGGCGCUCAACCAUUCUGAAGAAAUGACAACCCCUCAUAUCAAGUCCUCCAACUUGCCUGGCUUGCAGUUCGACAGGGAGCCACUGUUGCUAUAUGGCGGAAAUGUCCAGUGCGAAAAGAAAGAUAAAGAGCACUUGACAAGUAGAACCGUGCCGGACGGUGCGGAAACGCAGGAUCAUACACAGAAGCAAAGUCAGACAUGA